AUGGCUUCUGCCUGCCUCUUCCGCGACUUCCUGGCUUACGCAUCCUCCUUGCCGUGACACGCGUCGUGUUCCGAAGCUUGCGCGUCUCCCCUUGCGGUAUCUUGGCAUGCCCUCGACAUGGGUUCUACGCAGCCCCAUCUCUCUUCCCGUUUCUUCUCGAAUUUCUAUACGAGGCACUCAUUCAUUCAUCGUCGAAGGAGGAUCAGCGUGCGCUAAUUUUGCUAUCUACAUGCGCAAUAUCAGGGCCGGCAAGACUCAUCUGUCACCAUAUUGCGAAUCCGAUGCACGUGACCGGUCGCGCAAUUUCGAGGCAAUAUUUGCAUUUUCCUCGGAAUCGGGAAUAUCCCUUUGCCCUCGCUUUGCCUACAACAUCCAUGUCACUCCUCUCCUGUCCCAACGAGCUCGUAUUCCUGAUAUGCCAGCUAGCCUGCAGCGACGGAGGGCAGACUUUUCCUGUCCUACGUCAAGUCUCGAAGUAUUUUCACGAUAUCUCGCUACCUUUACGCUUCACUUCGAUAUCCCUCUCUUCCGCCCCACAGUUCACACGUCUGAAUCGGGAACUACCUCUACUGCCUCCUACACAUAACGUUCGACAUCUCUUCAUAUCUCAAACGCCUCAAAAUCCCUCGGACUAUAUCUCACUGUUGCAAAUUACAUCAUGUGCCCUCGAAACAUUGUCCUUGUACAUGUCCAAUAGUCCCGUAUCAACGUCGCUCAUCGCCAGUGUAUAUCGCGUCUCAUUUCCCAGACUUCGCGAUCUCACGAUAAGUGGGUUUUACUCGUACCCUUUAGCGGCGAAGAUGCCUCAGCUUCGUCGCGUCCACUUUGUCGGUAACAGGAACCCACUCGGGCUUCUAGAUGUGGGCUUUGAUGUGCUAUUUCCUUCCUUGACACAUCUACGAAUAUCCGGCGUCUCCAGCGCUCCGGCGUUUGCUGAGGAGUUGCAGAUGGGUUUGGAAAGCGAUUCAGCCGUGUUGCCGCAGACCCUUCGUUGUGUUAUCGUGCAGCUUGGUCCUAUCAUUCCACGAGCAGAGGUGGCUGAUAAAAAGAUGGUGAAGGUGUUCAGGGAGUUGGUGACGUCGUGCGAUGAUAACACGCGUACGAAGUUCAUUCUGCGUGAAGAUAGAAUGGAGGAACGGGCCUUCUCGAAGGAGAAAACUCGGGAGAUGUGGAUGGAGAGUAUAUUGGGCCGAGAAGGAUGGUGGGCGUGAUAAGCAUGUGGGCUGGCGCUUUGCUUUAUAGGUUCGUUCGUCUUUGCAGAUACAUUUUUUAUCUUGUGCUCAACGGGUGUGACAGAAUGAUACAUUCCGGCAUUCUCACGUCGUACCGUGUGUUUACAUUGUUAGCCUCGUAAUACCAGGCA